AUGGCCGUUUCGGGGGUUGCCUUGGACGAUCUCCCGGAGCUUGUGCGAGAUACGCAGCUGUCGGUUCGCUUCAAAUCCGAAGGCUCGCGACACUACACGAUCCACGUCCCGCCGGGUCGUCGUAGCCCGAAGCCGGAAACAUGGGUCUCCAGAGAGAGAUUGGGCAGGGGAGGCCAGGGAGCUGUCGUCUUGCAGGAGAAGAUGGUCGAUGGGCCAGGCCAAUUUCAACUUCGGGCCGUCAAGACCAUCUCAAUGCCAGCAGUCAGCAGUCAAACCGAUCGGGCUCUCUACAAGCGAGAACUUGAGGCCAUGGCAAAGUUCUCUCAAACCAAGUAUUCGGACCAGUUUGUCAAGUUUCAUGGGUGGUUCACCAGCCCGGGAUUAAUACAUAUCGCCAUGGAAUACUGUGAGCUGGGCGACCUGGAUAAGUAUCUUCUCAGCUAUUCGAACACCAGGCUGCCUGAACCAGAAGCGCAGGAUAUAACCUAUCAGAUCUUGAAUGCUCUUGUCAGCAUGCACCAGGAGACCUUCUGCCACGGGGACCUCAAGCUUGCAAACAUCCUGAUCAUAACUGCCGCUCCUUCGUGGUGGGUGAAGUUAGCAGAUUUCGGCCUGAGUAAGCGGAAUGGAGUGGGUGCUAAUAAUACGACGACCGCGAAAGGCACUCCGAAUUAUAUGCCUCCGGAGCUACUUGGAUACAAAGGGAACCCAAGAGAGGCGGACCCAUAUCCGGUAGAUAUGUGGUGCCUUGGGCAAGUAGGUUUCAGACUUGCCACGGGCCGUGCCAUGUUCGCCUCGCAGGCAGAUCUAUCCCGCUACUUCUACGGCCAAACCACAUUCCGCUCGCACCUCCCGGGCGAAUAUCAACUUGAUGAAGCAUUUGUUGGCUACUUGGAGUCACUAUUGGCUCAAGAGCCCCGUACACGACCCUCAUCUAAAAACUCUUUACACCACCCGUGGGUACUUGGCAUUCGAAGAGAGCAUCCGGACAUCCAUGACUCUCAAGAUGAGGCGUCAGGCCACGAUUGGUUUUCAGACGCCUUAUUCUCAGAUGUCUCCGGUGACGACACUCAACAGACCACCAUAUCACUCCAAGGGGCUCAUACUCCACGUCCUUUGAGUGCCAAUGCUACAUCCAUGUCGGGCAAGGAGGAUGAAGCCUCUGCAGCGUGGCCCGCCGAUACGACGGAUCUCUCUCGUACCAAGAGUCAGACCAAGACCAUAACGCAUCCUCCGGGACCUACCACUGCCAACCCUACGGUCAUAUCAUUAACACAAGACGAGGCCUCUGCUGUGUGGCCAACUAACACAACGAAUCUUGUCGUCCCACAUAUUCAAACGCAGAUAACCACGGCCAUUUCUGGUCAAAUUUCGGCAAUAUCAACAGCUGCAAUAGCUGUUUCUAGUCAACCAUCAACAGUAACACCUGGCCAGCCACUGCAAACUGCCUUUCGUAGUGAGUCCGAUAAGCACAUUGCCUCCGGAGAUGAAUGUCUCGUAGCUGGGAAGUAUGAUGAGGCUGUAGCUGAAUACACUAAAGGUAUUGAACUUGAGCCGCUUUCCGCAUCACAUCUGGAAAAGCGGUCCGGUGCCUAUUGGUGUCUCUCUAACUGGAACGGAGUAAUGGACGAUUGCCUCAAGAUUCGAGAACUGGACCCGAAGAACCAGUACGCCCUCGCUACCCUUUUCACGAUCCUUAUCUAUGCCAUGGGGAGUCCCGAAUACGCGCUGCCCUUGCUUGACCACAUUAAGCCCCCACCACCAGAGCAAGAGAUCAAAGAUGCGCGGAUGAUGAAGGCCAAUGUCGACGAUGCCCGGGAGCUUCUCGACAAGGGCGGUGAUGUACAACCGGUGUUUGAAAAACUAGACAAGGCGCAGAGCAAGCUCUGGAGAAGUGUUGGACCCCCUGACGAAUGGAGAAGCCUACGAGCAAGGGGUCACCUGGCGAUGAGCACCCAAGAUGGCCUGCGUCAAGCCAAAACCAUCACCGAAAGGCUGGUAAGAAGGAGACCAACGAAUGUUGCGUUCCUCAUUCUUCACGCUCGCGUCCAAUAUUUGAGCGGGGAUUUCCACCUGGGGACUCGGCAUUUGCGUAAAGCGCGAGAAACCGGAGUCGCAGACCAGGCCGGCUUGGAUGAUAUCAAGAAAUGGCUGGAUAUCGGAGAGAAGCUGGGCAGUCUCAUCAGCCAGGCGAAGCGUCUAUAUGAGGCACGAAACGCCCGCCAAGCGGCCAAGUUGUACACCGAGGCGCUGCAGGUCGAUCUGAAGAACUGGGCCAUCAACGCGGUGCUUCUACACAACCGGGCUCUCUGCUACGUUGAGAUGGGUAAUUAUCGUGAUGCACUGGGAGACUGCGAGAUGGCCCUCGUCGCUGACCCUGACCUGACCGGGGUCCAGGCGACCAAGGCGAAGAUCACUGCAUUUCAAAAGGAGCGGCCGGAUACCCGUCGACGAAAUGCCAUUGCUGGACGAGAGUUGGCCCAGUACCGCCAAUCCAAAAGCAAGGCCAUAAAUAGUGAAGUUGAGACCGGGGAAGAGAGCCUGUUCAAGAACUUUCGCAGCCUGCAACUGAACGAAGCAAAUCACCCAAGUACCGCGUAUAGCGAUGCAACGCAAUCCACGGUACCCGCGGCUACCAUGACUUCUCAUGGGGCUGUUAAUUCUGGGGAUGGCUGCAUCAAUUUGAGGAUCGAGUACGAGGGGAGGGACUAUAUAACUAAGAUGUUGCUGACAUACUUGGAUGCAGAGGCUUUGGAUGCUCACCUCCGAACCGUUCUCUGCAUCAGCAAUGUUCAACAACUCAAAGUGGAGCGAUACUCGGACUCAGCCUCCACGUAUAUACCGUUAGAUCCCGACGAUAAAGAUGCCUACAACGCCUUCCAUAGAGCGGCAACGGUCAAGAACUGGUUCCAGCUCCGGGUGUCGGACUAUAUCCGGUAUAUUCAUUGUGACAAGUGCUUCAGCCUUAUAACAGGAGGCCGACACAAGCAUUGUUAUAUAUGCAAUGAGGGGGACUUUGACAUCUGCUUCUUAUGCAUUCAGGCCGGGGCUGGGUGUCUCGGCGGUCAUCACAUGACUGAGCGUAUCUUACGGGAUGGCCAACUUAUCGUCGUUCCAUCGAACUGA